AUGGACGCGUAUUAUCUGGAAAACCCGAUGCUGGAUCAGGUGCUUCCAACCAAGAAAUUCAGCAUCGGGAGCGCUGCCGCGUUGAGUACGAACGCCGAUAACUCGCUCAUUAUGAAGUUCUCGCGGUCAGUGAAGGAUGGCAAUGUGAAGGUGCUGCGCAAGGGAGUCAACUACAUGAUCUGGGCCUACUCGGGCAGCUCUCAGACCCUCGCCCAGCACCCUAUGAGUAACAUGGGAUCCCAGGCGAUAGACUACAGCUGCCCUUCUUCCACCGGCAGCGGUGGCGGCAGCACGGGAAGCACCGGCAACACUGGCAACACCGGCAACACCGGCAACACUGGAAACACCGGCAACACCGGCAACACCGGCAACACCGGCAACACCGGCAACACAGGCAGCACCGGCAACACAGGCAGCACCGGCAACACAGGCAGCACCGGCGGCACUGGCAGCACCGGCAAUACGGGCAGCACUGGCAGCACGGGGAGCAGCAACAGCGGCAGCGGUAGCAGCAGCAGCAGUGGUUCGUCCUCCACCCAGUCACAGGGGCCAGCCUGCCACCCCUCCUCCCUCCCGGAAUACACCUGUUCCACCCAGCUCAGGCAAAACGCCUACAUUCUGCACUGGGCGGUCAACAAGGACAGCACAGUGAGCGUGGCAGCGCAAGUUGCCACCACGGGCUACAUCGGCAUUGGCUUCUCCAAAGACGGCCAGAUGAUCAACUCUGACGCAGCCAUUGGGAACGUGCCACCUGGCACGCUGGCCAAUGGGGCGUCGGUGGGGCCGUAUUACAUGAGCGGGCGUGACGUGGGGUCGGUGCAGCAAACCGACACGUGGAAGGUUACCGACACGUCGGUUACCACUGCAAAUGGAUACACUAUAAUCAAGUUCACGCGCAGCAUGGGCACGGGGCAUGUGCCCAUCAACCCACAUGGUCCCACCACCAUCAUCUGGGCCUACUCGCCUUAUGGCUCCACCACCCUCGCUUUCCACUCCAGCAACUACGGAUCAGCCUCGAUCGAUUUCAUCAAGGGCACGACCACAGCAGGCGAGGGCAGCAGCACAGCGGCGUACAUCGCCCACGGGGCUCUCCUCUCAAUCGCCUUCGCCCUCCUCAUGCCCCUCGCCAUCCUCCUCGCCCGCCUCCUCCUUGCCAACCGCCCCAACAGCACUCUCCUCAAGCUCCACCCCUGCUACAGGCCACUGGGGUUUCAGCUGCAUAGGGGCAUUCAGCUGUUUGCGCUCGUGGUCGCACUGUCAGGGACGGUGGUGAUCUUUGUUGUAUCAGGGUCCAAGGGGCUGAGCUGGACGCAUGGGAAGGUGGGGUUGGCGGCGGUGAUUCUUGCGCUGGCGCAGGCUGUUGUGGGGUUUGUGCGACCGGAUAAAACCGCUCCGAACCGCUUCAAGUGGCUUGUGGUGCAUAUCCUGGUUGGCGCUACAACCAUUGGGCUCGCGUGGGCGGCCAUGUUCCUGGGCAUCGAUCUCUACCACACCAAGUUCAUGCAAAAUGUUACGACUUCGUUGGUCACCGAAACGUCCGCCAUGGCUCUGGCUGCCGCACCUUCCGCUGCGUGGCGGCUCGCCGUCUCCAGCGCGCUGACCUCGGGAGUCACCGCCGGGUCGGGCGCCGAGAGCUCACGUUGCUGCGCCAAUGAUGCUUCAUUCGCUGCUCCGAGGAGUCUCUCCGCCACGCCCCGCGUGUCCCGCCUAGUUGCGCGCGCCAAGUUUCAGGGCUUCAACCAGUCGGUGGGGGAGGCGCAGGAGGCGGACGGCGCAGCCGUUGCGCCCGCGAGCGCGGAGGAGAACGGCGCAGCCGUUGCGGCCGCCGCGGAAGGAGCGGCAGAGGAGCGGAACGCGGGAGGACGCGACGACGACGUGCUCCCAACGGACCUGGACGGCGCUGUGCGCCAAGCAGGGGAAUCUGCGGCUUACUUCUGCAACGGAGGCGGCACCCGCGCCAUUGUGGAGCUGCUGGUGCCGGAUCUGGAGAUCAAGUCGGAUGAGGGCGCUCAGCAGCUGCUGUGGGACACCAGCCGCACCUUCCUCGAAUCUCUAAAGGGUCACCUCGAUUUCGAGAACGUGAGGGCCAUAUUCCCGGAUGCAGGCUCGGCAGCACUCCUCAAGAACCAGUGGCCCGACGCGCCGUUUGCCUUCUCCAGCCUGAUGGACCGCAAGCCAGUGCAGGAGCAGGACGAUGUGGUCGUGCUCAUCACCCCCGAGUACCAGCAGCUCAGCGUGGUCGAGUCCAUAGGCGGCAUGCUGGCCACAGAGGACGGCUUGACCCGCCCGCUGAUCAUGUAUAACCCGCGGCUGGUCAGCGGGGAUGUGGGCGUGGGGCUCAAUGUGCGGCGGCUGAGGGAGCGGUUUCUGUCGACGUUUACGACCGCCUUCUGCCUGCGCCCGCUGCCGGUGGGAGCAAUCUACCGGCGGUACCCCAACCCCUGGCAGUUGUACCUUGAUGACCCUAAUGAGCCUGGCCGAUACAUUCUGUUGCGGCAACAAGGGUCAAAACCAAACAUCGACGAUAUUGAG